AACUGAGGCCUCAUUCUCCGAUUCUCCUCGUGAGAGACAGUCAUAGGAACUACUAGCUUACUAAGCGUGGAUACUUGACGUCUAGUCACUUCUUUUCUAAGUGGGAUUACAAAUAUACCUAUCUACAUAUGGCUGACACCUUGUGCUUACUACCCCCGGACGCACAACUGUUUGAGGAUCAGAUCGUGCCCGACACAGACGACUGUUUUCUCCCCCCGACAGAAAUUGUUCUACCAAGUCUGCCUGCUAACGUGAAAGCUGAGUUGGACCACUACAUUCUAGGCCAGGAACUAGAAGGAAAGAAACCAAGGCGGGAAAGCGCUUCAGUCAUUGACGAAUUCUUCUGCGCGGACCCGUCAAAGGUGCCAGGGUCUCCCGGCAAAUCCAACAACCAGAUUCUUCACGAACUGAAUCAACUUCGCGCAGGGCUUUUGAACUCCGCCAAACAACAGAUGCUUCAGCUCGUUGACAAGCAGCAGUGCUUGGAUCUAAACCCGCGCAGGGAGAGCUCAUCUAUCGUGGAUGACUUCUUUGGCUAUGUGUUGAAGGGUUGUGACAAGGACAGUACGUUCGUGAAGCAAGAGCCGGUGGACCAGGCGACUGGCGAGAUGUUCAACCUCGACAGCUCCACCGACUACGACAGCGUCAUCCCCCAGACGGACGAUGAUCUCAAGGCUGAGAGCUUGAAAGUGUCCGACUCAAUCUGGGAGGACCUUAGAGCUAGCAUUAACAUGGUAGAAGACAACAAUGGGUCAGACAACGUGGAGAACAGACAAAAAAGCAAAGAUUCCCCAGUCAAGGAAGAACCCAUGGAUACAUCCGACAAACCGUCCUGCCAGUUUGAACUGUCUAAAUUGUGUGACGUAAAAUCCGAGUCUUUGCAAUGUUUGAUGAAUGAUGGACGAUCCCAGAACUCGCCAAUGUCUGGUCCACAGCAGGUGAUUUUCACGGAGUCAGAGAUCCCUGGCAUCAGUGAGCCUAGUGUGACUUUCAAUGGGAUGUACAUCCAGCCCAACCAAUAUGCCAAAAAUGAUGUCCCCCAGUACUCAAACUCAAACCACAUCGUCCCCGUCUUUCUUCCUACUCCGCCCAACUCACAGCCUGCCAGCCCCAGCCAAGACUUCGUACGACGGACCCCUCCACCCCCCUACCCCGGAAUGCAAGUCCAGGGGUUGUCCAUCCCAAUCCCGAUGCACGCCUCACCUUGCCAGAGAGGUCUUAAGGUGCAGAACACACAUCCCGGUUGCUCUACGAUUCGCUACAACAGGAAAAACAACCCAGAACUUGAGAAGAGGCGCAUCCACUUUUGUGAUUUCCCAGGUUGUCGCAAAGCCUAUACCAAGAGCUCACAUCUGAAGGCCCAUCAAAGAAUACAUACAGGCGAGAAGCCCUACAAAUGUCACUUCCCAAGCUGUCAAUGGCGAUUUGCCCGGUCUGAUGAACUGACACGUCACAUUAGAAAACACACAGGCGCCAAGCCAUUCAAGUGUAAAGUCUGCGACCGUUCCUUCGCCCGCUCUGACCAUCUUGCCUUGCACAUGAAAAGACACGAGCCCAAGAGCAAGUGAAGAACCCGAUUGGGCUGACCUACUCCUUCCGGUGUGCGCACGCACCGGGCAGCGCCAAGCGUCUGAACCCUUCAGUCACGUGAUAGCUGCAACUGUGUGAUACGUUGAAGUAGACAGGGUUGGCGUUGCUGCUGCGACGGUUGCACGAGAAACCGUCUGACCACAUCCGCUACGAGCUGUGACCGAAAUGAAUGCCGGAAGUCACAUGCAGCGGAAUUCUAAGGACAUAUUGACGUCAUAUCCGGUUUCUUACUGGAAACAACUGAUCUCAUUGAAACUGAUAUUACAAACGUUUUUAUCUUUGACAUCGAAAAUUUAUAUUUUGCCAGUAUAAACGGCCGCUAGGGAUAGCUUUUUUAUUUGCAGUUUUGCAAUUUUAUGCACUUCUUAAUCCAGUCAUUUCAUGGGUAUUUACUGUUUAUACAUUCUACUCAUCAUGAUUACUUGGAAUGUGCAUUAGUGCGAAGCGCUGAUAACGGUGCUAUUAUUUACGUCAGCCUAAAUACAAAUAGGCACCAAGUAGAAACAUUGUCUCUACACGUGUAGUAACAUCCGACACAGCAGCACGUGAACUUCGUGCACACGUCUUUCAGGCCCUCCAGGUUGUGACACAAUGGGUGAUAUUUCAAAUGUAUCAUACAUCAUCAUACGUUGAAAUCCGAGUCACCCUCAUAGUGCUAUGUGAGGUGAUUCACGUGCAUGCACGUGCAUCCAAGGCGUUCUCUCAAGAUGGUCAAAACUUUAGGUGGACAUUUGCCCCAAAUGAUAAUAGACAGCAACUCGGUGUUCCCGUGACAGAGAACUGUACUGUGCCAAAGAUAGACGGUAUCACUUUUACCAUUCCAAAUAUGGUGCUAUGAUGCGCACUGCAUGUGCGCAUAGGAUCUGAACGUGUUCGGAUUGUUCAAUGUUCAUAUUGUGAGCAUGUUGAAUAUGUUCAGUCAAUGUUAGAUGUCAGCUAUGGAGGUGUUCAGCAGUGUGUGGUUAACACAUUGGUGUGGUGGCCUCAACGUUCUCAGAUGUCAAUGACAGUUUUACCCUAUGUUUGUGAUAGAAUCUGUUAUGUUAUGGAAAUAUGAGUCAAACCCACAUGAAGGUUUGUUUUCCUAUUUUUCUAUAAUGUUUGGUGAGUUAUGUACGAUGUGGUGAACGUUUUCAAUAUACAAAAUAAUAAAAAUACAUGAAAUAUA